GGUUGAAUGCACUGCCCUAGAUAAUCGAGAUUAGCUGUCUGGAGCUCGAGAAAAUUAACUAGAGUGUUUUUACCUAUGUAAGAUGACAGAGAUCACAAAGACCCGCCUUCUACGCAAUAACAGGAAAACGAAACUUAAAGAAACAUUGCAAUGAAAGCUUGAAUCGUCGUUGAAUGUCACCAAGCAGAGCUCAACAUGGAAUCGAAUCAGUUUCAAUGUCAGAAUAAAAUUAUUUGUGUACUUUGCGAUCAAUCAGACGAAAAUAAAACCACAGGGACCCUGUCCUCCAAAGGCAACAUCUCCGCACAUCAAAAACUGUUUGCUGUAUGCAUCAGCGAUCUACUGCAAGAGCUCACCCACCUAUGACGACCUGUUUGGAUUUGAUGUAGAAGAUGUAAAGAAAGAGCUGAGGAGAGGAAAAAGACUAAUUUGCCACUACUGUAAAAAAAAAGGUGCUACAGCGGGAUGUGGAGUCAAACAUUGUAAGCGCUCAUACCACUUGCCCUGUGCCAUAGAGGAUCAUGCCAGCAUCGAUGAAAAACGUUUUGAACUAUUCUGUGAAUUACAUGAUCCAGAAUCCAAAAAGAAAAGUUCGCCAGACGGUCGAAGGCCUAACAUGAAAAGGCCUGGCAGGAGAGAUUCUGAUUCAUCUACAGGGUCGUCAGUGAGUUCCUCCAAAAAGAAGAAGACUAUAAUUUUGUUAGAUUCUGAUGAUGAGGACGAAUCUAUGUAUGCUCCAGUACAGUCAGAUAUAGAGGACUUAACAGCUCCAGAACAGAACAAUCUGUCAACUCCUGAUCCUGAAAAUAAAAGGCCCUGUGCAAAGCCCAGUCCAUCAACCACAGGUUCAUUAAACUUAAGGUCUGCUCAGAAGCCUUGUGGAUCUGCAGACAAUUCAGUAGAAUUGCAUGGCAGGAGUAAAGGUUUUCCAUAUAUGUACAGAGCAAGUAUGUCUCGAUUGCUAAAAGUAACGCCCAGAAGGAGAAAAAAUAAACACAAUGUAGACUCAGAUGAUGAGAGCCCGGCCAGCGCUGACCGUGCAGCAGCUCCAGGGCUGUCAGAUUCGGAGGACCCUAUGCUUCAAAAACAGCCCAAGUCCACUCCUGUGCCUAAAAAAACAAGGCUGUGUGAAAAACUCAAUCCAACAACCACAGAAGCUGACGAUGACACCGACAUUGAUUCAGAAGAGUCUCAGAGUUUGUUACCAUCAAAAACAUACCAUAUCACUGUUCCCUGUAGCGUUAUUUUGGACUCUGGACCCUUUGAAGAAUCAGAGCACAGUUUAGAAUCUUCUUCACCUGCCGGCGCAGCUGUGUCUACCUCACCUGGGUCUGUCACUGAAACACCACCCACAAACAGAACUCCACCGCACAGAGCUCCAACCACUGACCCUGUCCCACCAGCUGCCGUUUACUCUAUGCCUACCCUGGACUAUUUCCCCUGUGAUCCCUCAGGGCAGCCCGGCUCACCUCAGCAUCCGAGGCCCACUGUAGAUGUUCCAGCAGUCCCUCCGACAGGGGUUUCUCCAUCACCAAGGCGUCUCGCUGCAGCAGAUGCUUCUGAUGUGGGUUCCACGGUGAACUCUGAGUCUAUUGCCACCAAAUUUUGGACCAGAUGUAAUGAGGCCGGGUGGACUAAAGAAAUCUUCUCAGAGCUUGUGUCUCGGCUCAGCAGCCUAGAAGAAAAAGUGCAGUCACAGAAAGCCAGCCGCAAAGAAUAUGAUGUUGCUUUCAAAGUAUUGGAGGCAUCUGGACAGCUGCCUUGCAUUAUUACUCAUCUGGAACAAGACCUGGAGAAAGAGGAACGGUAUUUGCAGAGGAGAAAAGCAGCACUGAGGGAUGCCAAAGCUGUACUAAAUGUUUAAUAUAAACAAUCUUACAGAAUUUUAUUUUUAUCAAUGAAUUUUUACAAAAUGCUUAUUUUCAAGUCUCAGUUUGCAUAUGUUAUGUUUUUUUAUUAUAUUUUUUUACGGGGGUUGAUUUACAGUAUGUCAGUGACAGAAAUGAAAUAUGUCUGCAAAUGCCAUUUUGAUAUGAUCAUUCUUCUGUUGUUAUUUUCUAAAUAAAACCGUUAUAACUGUAAGAAUCAUUCUUUACAGAAUGUCGUUUUUAGUAUCCGGGGUUGUACUUUAUAACAUAGCAUAGUUUUGACACUUUUAAAGGGAAGUGUGCAGUAUGAGUCUGUAUUUUUUCUGUUGACUGGGGGAGGUGAGACUGACAUCACCUCCGUUUGCUCAACUGUAAACCGUUCAGAGCAGGAGACUGAACAGCCAAUCAGCACACAGCAACAAACAGCCUCUAAUGAGGCUUCAGGUCAACCACAAACGUGCAUGAAGGGCUAGUCCAUGCUCAUAUUAGUUUCUUCAUAAGAGAGGGAGAGGGAGAGAAAAGUAUAUUCGCAAUAUGGACACUAGGUGGCAGCAGACACAUAUUAACAGCUUUAAGAGCUUCCCUAAAAACAUUUCCGUCACCUUUCAGACCUGUGGCGUCACUGUCCUUUCAACUGUGCUCUGGCACUGAAGUCCAAACUUCGUCUAAACAGAGUUUAGCCUCCAAAGCAGUGAAGAUUUAAAAACAGUAGGAUGUAAGAUCUAAGAGCCGUUUUAAAAGGCUUUUUCAAAAUAUUCGCUGAACCCCCUACUAUCCGUCAUAGAAAAUCAAGACAGGAACAUAAAGAGAGUCUUGCACUGGGAGGGUUUACAAAGAGUAUAUGUUUUGCGUAUUACUGGCUGAUGCUUAAUGGUUCUGUGGCAUAUGAAUAGAACGGGACAAAAUUAAACAUUUAUUACUAAUAAAUAUAUAUAUCAGUCUCUCUCUCUCUCUAUAUAUAUAUAUUAUAGGUAUGAUUAAAAUUGUUUAUAUAUGGGAUUAGUAAUGCUAACCCACAUUAUUCGUACAAUUAAGAAUAAAAGAUCUAGGGACACAUUUAGAAUUUUAAUUAAAUUUAACAGUUAAUUUUGUAGAUGUGUUUGUUGCCUUUUUUAUUUGGUUAGAACAAAGUCAUUUUCAUUUCACACUAUAACACAGGUCUUUGACAGAGACAGAAUACUUAGGUUUAUUAAACACAGCACUUGGGGAAUGUACCAUAAGACAGUGUACAGCGAGAAUUAAAGUUUUUUUUGAGGACUGAAAACCAGACUUGACAAGUCUUACAAGACAAACUUUUUCAGAGCACCUUUUCUGAAAAGCACAUGGCCAUGCAGUUAACAACAAAACUUAGAUGUGGUUGUGUAUUCAACUGUGUGAAUAAAAUAAAUGCAUUAGUGGUUUUAGUGUUAAGGGUACAUAACAUUUCUGCAGUAAACAGUAAAAUUAGGUUCAUAGUUCAGAAUUAAUGUUAGGGUUAGGGUCAGUGGAGCAAAACACAUCUGAUGCAAAAAGAAGUGUUUACCUUCUAACAUUUGAAGGAGUUUGGUAAGAUAUAAGCUAGGUCAGCAAAAAUGAUCAUGUAAAACAGAUUCAUGCUUGUCGGUGUCUAUUUGACACUGAAACUUAGUUCAGCCAAAGUCACUUGUGUAAUAUUAUGUGCAAUAGAGAUCAUAGAGGUAAAAUGUUCAAAUACACUGGAAAAUACAGUAAACUGCUUUUGUUAUCUAUUUAUAAAUAUGCCUAGUUUAGAUAAAAGGCAGACUCAUUAAAUAUCAAUAGAAUAAGAGAGGUUUUUCACAUGUAACUAGUGCAAAUACAAUUGGUUCAUUCAAGAAAGCUGAUAUUUGUGUAGAUAUAUAAAGUCAACGGUACAUUAUCAGUGAUUUCUCCAUAAUUUAAAACACAAAGCUGAUUGUUAUAGACUGUCAUUAAAAAAAAGGCUAAGCUCAGUUUAUCAAUAUCGCCCACUACAGAAAACAGAAAUCAAUAAGUUUCUUCAGUGCUUAUGUAAAGUGUUUUCUGGGUUGUAGAUUCUCUCUCUUAUUUCUUUGUGUCCACACACACACGAUAAAGUCUGGUCUGUCUUCUAAAAGUAGCAGCAGUAACAGCAAAGGCAGAAGCAACACUGAGAGAUAUUGUAACCACGUGAUGCUGCCACACACACACACACACACACACACACACACA